UCUUCCUCCUGUCUCCAACGCCAAUCUCGACUGCUGGGCGAAUGCUGAUUGUGGGAAAUGAGGAGUGGAGUCCUAGAGGUCUUGGUUCUUGAUCUUUAACUUGAGUACCAUCAGCAACACUCUAAACCUGAGUACAAAGACCUUCUUCUUUUGAUAAUAUGAACGACUGUUACGAUUUAUUACAGUAGUAAUCUCUUUUUGAUAUUUUAAAGAUUUUUACAGACACUCAACAAUAUUUAUCACCAUGGCUGGACAUGGAGUGAAACCACCACCUCUCAAUCUUGAUGAUGUGAAAGCUUUUGACAAAAGAGGUCUUAGGAAGACAGAAACUACAGUUACUAAUGCUGAUGGAUCUCGUGUGGUGGAAGGGAAGGAUGAGGAGGGCACACUUUAUCGGCGGCCAUCGGAGUCAAGCUGUCAUGGAUUUGUCGUGGAUACAGCAGAAGAUUUGCAAGUUGCAGAAGUAGAAGAGGGCCUAAUUAUGGGUUCUCAAGAUGUAGCCCAUGACUUUGAGACUCUGAAAAAGUUUGGUGUGACUCAUAUCCUCAACGUGGCCACAGGCGUGGAGAAUUUAUUCCCAAAUCAUUUUACGUAUCAGACUCAAGAAUUUCGCGAUUUGCCUGAAUUUCCAAUCUUCCAUGGCUUUGAAAAAGCCAUCAACUUCAUAGACGAAGGCCGCUCAUCUGGAGGGUGUGUUCUUGUUCACUGCAAUGCUGGGAUUUCCAGAUCGGCGGCUAUUGUCAUGGCAUACCUCAUCACAAAGAACAAGAUGUCUGUAAAUGAAUCAUUUUCUUAUCUCCGCUCAAAGAGACCCCCUACAUGUCCUAAUCCAGGCUUCCUGAUUCAGUUGCAGACUUUGUAUGAAUCACUCCAUCCGAAAGAAUAGGUAGCAGAUGAGUGUUCUAGCUAGAUUAUAACGCUAUUGUGCUAUCUUUCUCAACAUGUUUCUGGUCUUUUGAGAUAGUUAGCUCUAGAAGAUUUGAUAAGAUACAUUAUAUUUUAUUAAUCUCUCAUUUGAAGAAUUUGGCAGUGAGCUUUCACCAUUUUCCCCAACACAAAAUAUAUGAAUAACAUCAUAUCAACCUAUCACAUUCUCCCUCUGUCUCUCCCUGCCUCCCUCCCUUCAUUGCUCCCUCCCUUCUUCCCUUCCUCCCUGCCUGGCUCCCUUCUCCCCUUUCUUGCUGUCUCUCUCUUUGUCUAUCUA